UUAGCAGCACGCGCCCGACCAGAACUUCACUUGACCUCACUCGCAAACAGCAAUGGCACUCCCAACAAAUGGGCGAGUGAUAAUCGACACAACUGCAGGAGAAAUUGAAAUUGAACUAUGGUCAAAGGAAACACCAAGAACAUGCCGGAACUUCAUCGCACUCGCGCUAGAAGGUUAUUAUGACGGCGUCAUCUUUCACAGAAUCGUACCAGGUUUUCUAGUCCAAACUGGCGACAAAACAGGGACAGGUGGAGGAGGGGAGUCAUUAUAUGGAGAACCAUUCGAGGACGAAAUUCACCCGCGAUUGCGGUAUGCUCACCGUGGGCUUGUCGCUAUGGCCAACAAUGGGACGAAGAAUUCUAAUGAUUCUCAGUUCUUUAUUACCCUUGACAGAGCGGAUGAAUUGCACGGCAAACAUACAUUGUUCGGGAGAGUAAUUGGGGACACCGUGUACAACGUCAUGAAAAUCGGAGAGAUGGAGAUUGGUGAAAAUGAACGACCCGUGUAUCCGCCAAAAAUAAAGUCGAUAACAAUAGUCGACAAUCCAUUCCCAGACAUUAUACCCCGAAUCACUGCUGCCGAGAAGCGUGCUCAGCAGCGAGCACGAGAAGCUGGCCAGCGUGAACGAGAGGAGGCCGAACGUCGAAGAGGUGCUAAAAAGGAUGUAAAGCUUUUGAGCUUUGGCGGAGAGCAGGAUGACGAAACGGAACCCGUAGCGUUCAAGAAGAAAAAUAUUGCACGGCCCGACUUGGUCGACAAUCCUGAUGCCACAGGCAUUCCGAUGCCAGAAUCUCUACUCGGCCCUCCGAAGAAAUCCAACGAACCACCUCGAGAGCGUGCAUCUGAGAAGGAAUCAUCCAAGCAUCAGCACGAGAAACCUUCAAAAAGUAGUAAAUCCGAGGGUGCAGAUAAGGACAUCAAGAAAAUUCGUGAAACACACGCAAAAGAGAAGGCUUCCGGAAGUGACGCCCGACGCACUGAAAUUGAGCAGAUGGAGAGCGAGAUCCGUCGACUGACGCGCAAACGAGAAGGCGGUGAGGAUAGCGACGAGGAAGCUGCGCGGAAGAAGGCAAAACCAACAAAGUCCUAUCUCGAGGAAGAACUUGCCAAGUACUCCAAGGGGCGGGGAUUGCAGAAGAAAGGGAAGGGCAAGAAGGAUGAGGGUGAUGUCCUAGCUGCUUUGAAUAGCUUCAGGGGAUUGUUACAGUCAAAUGCGAACUUGGAGAUGGAGGACGGUACAGAAGAGGGCGAUCGUGUGGGCGACAGUGGAGGUGGAACCGUCCCUGGUGGAGAGGAUCCGGGUAUUGAGGUGGAUGACGACCGCGGAUUCAUUGGCCAUGCUCUGCACUUCCCGAAAGACGAUGGGGAAGAAACGAGGAAGGCUGAGAGAGAUUAUGAGGUUAUCGAUCCUCGUCAGCGUGGUGCAAAGGCACGGGAAGAGGAGCGGGAGAGGAAACGAACUGCGAUGAAGGGAAAGAACGGGCGCGGCCGUCGGUGAUACACCGUCCUUCGGCACCGCCCGCCUUUGUGCUCAAAAGCACUGGUGCUACUGGACCAUCCUUGUGUACCUAGGGAUAUCAUCUCAUCAUUGAUCUAAACGCGUGCACAACGCGUCUGACUGUCUCGGCGAGGUUAUAGAACAACGCUAAAGCCAUUUGUAAUGAUCAGUGACUUUUGAUGUACUGUAUAGUACGUGCUAAUUAGGC